UCGCCUUUCAUUCGCCAGGCUGGUGCGUGAGAUCGGAUAUCGUCAAGCAGGUGGUCCAUAUAAGUAUACUGUCGACUGUAUGGGUGCCUUACAAGAAGCUGCAGAGGCCUUUCUUGUCUGCCUUUUCGAAAAUUCUAACCGAUGUGCCAUACAUGCACACAGAGUUACAGUCAUGGCGCACGACAUACGACUUGUUUUAUUCCUUACUAAGCACUUAGACGAUUUGGAGUUGAGGCAAUGUUCAACGUAG